AUGGGUGCAAUGACCGUAGGGUUAUUUUCCAAAACACACAUCGCAUCAAGUCUCUUUUCCCCUACAAAGACAGGCUCAACCGUUCUCAAAUGUCCAAAGUUGUAAAUAAAGCUAGUUGUUGGGACUGUCAGGAUUUCUACAUUGGCAAAACCAAACGGAGAUUGCAUGACCGAAAUACUAAACAUUUCAAGGCAAUCAUCAGCGCAUCAAAAAUCCACAUUUCCACACUUCCAAAGUUCGCAACGAAAAGUAUUCGAUUCUACGUUUACAAGACAUUAUAGUGCUUUCAUGCAUGCAUACAUUUGUUUCUAUAGGCGCCUGUCGCAUACAUUUGUCUUAAAUUAGCGAUAAUGUUACUCUUUUGCCCAUUCCACUCUGAUGACGCAUUCUGUGCUCUUCUACCCGAAGUAAAAGCCAUCAUCAGUAACGGUCAUUGAUCAGCUAUUGCAGAACAACGUCACUUCAACUGGUCACAAUUUGAAAUGGGACCAUUUUGACCUUUUACCAGGAGGAAAAUUAGGUACCCACUGUAAAAUCAAGGAGACUAGCUCUUCUUAUUAG